ACCUCUUUAAAAUCCUUCAUUCUUCUUUCCGAAAACAUAUAAACAAACAAACAAACAAACAAACUUGCCAUUUCUCUCAUUUCUGCAUCUCUAAGCUAUAUUGCAACCAAACCCAGACCCAAACCCUUUUGGAUUACGAGAAGUCUCCUUCACGAUCUCAGGGUUUUAGAUUUGGGGGAAACGAUGGAGGAAAGAGGAUAUGCGUAUGAGGUUAACAAUGGCCGGAGUGAGUUUGGGAGUUCUCGGAGAAACUCUUCGCCGCAGAGACCGUCAUUGACGAAGUCGUCGUCUGUUCGUGAAGGAGGAGGAAGCAAAGGACGGAGGUCGAUGAAGCCGAGUGCCACCGCCGACGACGAGUUCAUUACGUUACUCCAUGGCUCAGAUCCGGUGAGAAUCGAGCUCAGUAGGCUCGAGAAUGAAGUCAGAGAUAAAGAUCGGGAAUUGUCUGAAUCCCAAGCUGAGAUCAAGGCUUUGAGGUUGUCUGAACGCCAAAGAGAGAAGGCUGUUGAAGAGCUUACCGAAGAGUUGGGAAAGAUGUCGGAGAAGCUCAAACUGGCUGAGAACCUUGUCCAGAGUAAAAACCUUGAAAUCAAGAAAAUAAACGAAGAAAAAAGGGCUUCAAUGGCAGCUCAGUUUGCAGCAGAAGCCACUCUUCGAAGGGUCCACGCUGCUCAAAAGGAUGACGAUAUGCCUCCUAUUGAAGCCAUUCUUGCCCCUCUAGAGGCUGAACUCAAGUUGGCGAGACAUGAAAUUGCUAAACUUCAAGAAGAUAACAGAGCAUUGGACCGUCUAACUAAAUCAAAGGAGGCAGCUUUGCUGGAUGCCGAAAGAACUGUCGAGACUGCUCUUGCCAAGGCUUCUAUGGUUGAUGAUCUCCAGAACAAAAACCAAGAGUUAAUGAAACAGAUAGAGAUUUGUCAGGAAGAGAACAGGAUUCUGGACAGGAUGCACAGACAGAAGGUUGCAGAAGUUGAAAAGUUUACACAGACCGUGCGAGAGCUAGAAGAAGCUGUUCUUGCUGGUGGUGCAGCUGCAAAUGCAGUGAGAGAUUACCAGAGGAAAUUCCAAGAAAUGAAUGAAGAGAGGAGAGUCCUUGACCGGGAGCUGGCCCGUGCAAAGGUAAGCGCAAGCAGGGUUGCAACUGUAGUGGCGAAUGAGUGGAAAGAUGGUAGCGACAAAGUGAUGCCUGUGAAACAAUGGCUCGAAGAACGGAGAUUUCUGCAGGGAGAAAUGCAACAACUACGUGACAAACUUGCCAUAGCUGACCGAGCUGCAAAAUCAGAAGCUCAGCUGAAGGAGAAAUUUCAACUGAGGCUUAAGGUCUUAGAAGAGAGUCUAAGAGGGCCUCCAAGCGGUGGCAACAGAACGACACCUGAAGGAAGAAGUAUUAGCAACGGGCCUUCUCGGAGACAAUCACUUGGCGGAGCUGAUGUCAUACCAAAACUGACCUCAAAUGGAUUCUUCUCCAAGAGAACACCGAGUUCUCAGUUCAGAUCUUUGAGUUCCAGUGCAAGUACAGUACUGAAGCAUGCUAGAGGAACAUCCAAAUCAUUCGACGGAGGCAGCAGAUCUUUAGAUAGGAGUAAAGUGCUAACAAACGAACGUGGCUCGAAUAAGUUUCCAUUGAACCAAUCUUCUGAAGGAACCAGCAGCGGAGGCGACUCACCUAACUCAACAAAACAAGGAGAGUCAGAGAAGCCUGUAGGAGGAACGGGUAAUGAUAGUGUCCCAGGAGUCUUGCAUGAUUUGCUUCAAAAGGAGGUGAUAACUUUAAGAAAAGCUGCUCAUGAUAAAGAUCAAAGCAUAAGAGAUAAGGACGAAGCUAUUGAGAUGUUAGCUAAGAAGGUUGAGACACUAACAAAGGCGAUGGAGGUAGAGGCAAAGAAGAUGAGGAGAGAAGUAGCUGCAAUGGAGAAAGAAGUUUCAGCCAUGCGUGUGGAUAAUAAAGGACCAGAUAGUAGAACAAGACGUCUCUCUACUGCUACUACUAACUCAAGGGGAUCUUCAACAACUACUGCACAUUUACUCUCUGGAAGCAGAGGGUCAGGACGAAUGGGGAUGACAAGGAGCACGCAGUAAUCAAAAGAAGUAACUAGAAAGGAAGUCGAUUCCACGAGCUAAAUUUCAAUCUUAAAUCAGUGGUUAAUAUAUUGAAGGAUGAUAUUAAAAAGCACACAAAUGUAGAAUUGCAAUUGAGAAGGUUUGUGUGCUUCUCUAACAUAGUAAGGUUGCUAAUCUUCUUUGUGCUGGUGAUGUUUAUUUGUUUUACUUAUCUUAUAGUAUAAUACGGAAAAGAGUUAUCCUGUGUGUUUUUAACUACGCUUUUAAGCUUCUUGUGUGAUUUGUUUUAGUUGUCU